CACUUUCUAUCUUUAAUCAACGUCUCUCCUUACACCCCUUCAGUGGGCCAGCACGUAGCCAAAAAAUCUCACUCGAACUCGGAUCUGCAUAAGGAUAUUGCAAAUGCAUGUGUAUAUAAAGGUCGAUGAACAUCUCACGAUUAGUGAAAAAAAACUCGUCAUUUCUUUGUAUAAUUCUCAGGUGAGAAUGAUGCUUCGACAGUUCGUUACAACUUAGCUUUCAUUGAUCUGUUUUGCGUAAUUUUGAAGAUUCAUCGUCUAGUUGGUAGCAAAAUUUAAUAAUGUUGAUUUGAAUUCUUUGAUCGGCUAUUUAAUUGGAAGUUGUAGCAUUUUGAAAUUGAGCUCACGGUUGAAGGAAGAGUUAGGGUUUUAGUUCAAAUUUUAAGAGCAUUUAGAUACUGUGAAGAAGUGAUCCGAAGAAGAUGGCUACACAGGGUACUACUGGAGCAAACAAUGUUACUACCCGACCACCUCCAAAUCCAUCUCCUCUCCGUACUGCAAAGUUUUUCCAGGCCAACAUGAGGAUAUUGGUCACUGGAGGAGCUGGUUUCAUUGGCUCUCAUCUUGUGGACAGAUUGAUGCAAAACGAAAAGAACGAGGUGGUGGUUGUAGAUAAUUACUUCACAGGUUCAAAGGACAACCUUAAACAAUGGUUUGGUCACCCAAGAUUUGAGCUUAUUCGUCAUGAUGUCACAGAGCCAUUGUUGAUUGAGGUCGAUCAAAUAUAUCAUCUUGCUUGUCCAGCUUCUCCAAUUUUCUACAAACAUAAUCCUGUCAAGACAAUCAAGACAAAUGUGAUUGGAACUUUGAACAUGUUGGGACUUGCCAAACGAGUUGGAGCAAGAAUUUUGUUGACUUCAACUUCAGAGGUUUAUGGAGACCCUCUUGUCCACCCUCAAGAUGAAAGCUAUUGGGGAAAUGUCAACCCUAUCGGGGUUAGAAGUUGUUAUGAUGAAGGAAAGCGAGUAGCUGAGACAUUGAUGUUUGACUAUCAUAGGCAGCAUGGAAUAGAAAUAAGAAUUGCUAGAAUCUUCAAUACAUAUGGACCUAGAAUGAACAUUGAUGAUGGGCGUGUUGUCAGCAAUUUCAUAGCUCAAGCAAUCCGCAAUGAACCCUUAACUGUUCAAGCACCAGGAACUCAAACACGAAGCUUUUGUUAUGUCUCUGACAUGGUUGAUGGUCUUAUUCGGCUCAUGGAAGGAAACAAUACGGGCCCAAUCAACCUUGGUAAUCCCGGCGAAUUCACCAUGCUUGAGCUUGCAGAAAAUGUGAAAGAGCUUAUCAACCCGGAAGUGAAGAUUAUACAUGUGGAAAACACGCCUGAUGAUCCACGACAAAGGAAGCCGGUGAUUAGUAAGGCAAAGGAGGUGUUGGGUUGGGAGCCAACGAUUACAUUGCAUUAUACAUAUGUGUUAUCAAUUGGCAUCAACAAGCCAGGACUUAUAAUCAGAGUGCGAUUCAUGUUAUGGUCGGUAGCAAGUUCGACGAAUUCGUUCAGCUUCCAUUGGAUUUACAGUGGACAAUUGCCAGUCAGGCAAGAGCAUAUGCAAAGGCUAUAAAAGCGACAUUGUUCUUCUCGAGUGCAUCUUACAAUAUAAACGUAAAUAAAAUCUUCAAGUUCGUAACUGCGAAGCUCUUUGACUUGCCAUGGACUUUGGAGCGAAAUCUUACAAUCGGCGAGCCUAUUAUUGAUUUCUGAUAUCAGUAUUCGUUAUUCAGGGAUUCAGUAUUCAGUAUUCACACCCUCCUCCGUCUUUAGGUUUGUGAUGUAAAUAUAGAAACGAAAUAUGGGGAGGAAGUGGUCGAUCAAUCGUAUAGUCAGUUAUUGCAUCUUCGUUCUUUGUUUUCUAGUUAAG